AUGCUCGAUCGGAAGACAACAGAUGCGGAUGCGGAAGAUCAGCAGUACAUCGCAAGUUUUAUGAAAACAAAAAAGUGGCGAAAGAUUCUGGAACUAGGGCAAGAUCUUUCACCAGCUCAGCGAUCAAACUAUUUAUGGGCCUGGCCCCUCGAACAGGACGUGGAACGGUUCGGUGGCACACUAAAUCGUUACGGCAUACAAAAGAUUGCUAGUGUAGGUUGUGGUACCGGUUUGCUAGAGUGGAUCAUCGGUUGCGCAAAUGACACCAUCAGUGUUGUCGGUGUUGAGAUCGAUGAGGAAUGGUGGAACUCCAAGUACGCACCCGUUCGAUACAUUCCAUUAGUCUUCGUCAACGGAACGGACAGUUCGGUUAGGGAAGUAACGUCCAACUGGCAGGACGAACGCCUGGAUGCACUUUUAUUCUGCUACUUCAACAACGGCACAGCGUUCGAACAGUAUGUUAGGGAGUUCCACGGUCGCUUCGUAAUACUGAUUGGUCCGGGCAGUGAAAAGGGUGUACAUACCAAUCCUUUACCUUUAGCGCCCGGUGAGUGGUUUUGUCGCGAUUGGAAACUGGCGGAUCAGUUCCCCAUCGGAAGUGAAAACAUCAACUGUGUUGCGAUCUACGAGCGGACAAAUAAGACGUGA